CUUCAAAAAUAGCGGCAAUUUCCGAAAAUUGUUAUUAAAAUCAUUAAAAAAAUCCACAAUAUUCAGCAUGUCCACGGCUCAGGCAACCAAGAACUGCAUCACCCUAAAGGGCUCCGCUCAGAUAAUUGUGGAAUAUCUGAAGUAUGGCAUCAACUCUAUACUUUUUCAACGAGGAAUUUACCCCGCCGAAGACUUUGACAACACCCAACAAUAUGGACUUACCAUUCUGAUGUCCAAGGAUCCCAAGAUCCAGACUUUUUUGCAGAACGUACUCAGCCAAACGGAAGAAUGGCUAUCCAAGAACAUGAUCAACAAGAUUUCCAUGGUCAUCACCAAUGCUCACACCAAGGAGGUCCUCGAGUGCUGGGACUUUAAGAUGCAGGCUGAAAUGGGAGACGGUGACACUAGCGAUCCCGCCAAGCUUACGACCACCAAGGAGCUAAGUCGCAUUCAGAACGAGAUUCGCGACGUCAUGCGGCAAAUAUCUGCCACCGUCAGUUAUCUUCCACUGCUCGACUGCAUCUGCACUUUUGACGUGAUGAUCCACACCUUGCAAAACACAGAACUACCUGCCAAGUGGGACGAAACCGGAGCCAUUAUCAUCCAGAACUCCCAGGCCGUCCAGCUGCGCUCCUUCUCCACAGGACUCCACAAGGUGGACACCGUGGUCAACUACAAGAUGACCUCCUAGCUGCCAAUCACGCCCUAUUCAAUCUUUUAAAUAUUUAUUUCAUUUCUAUAUUUACAAUAGUGCGUAACGAACGUAACGAAUUUGAGAGUUGCAUUAAAAGCCAGUUGUGAAAAGCUUA